AUGGAAAAAUAUGCAUUAAAUCAAACAUCUUCAUUUGAUUUAAAUAUUGCCAGUUUUGACAUCCACCCCUCAGCUGAAUACCCUAUUUUCAUUAUAGGCCUUUUGGUUUAUUCAUUUUCUGUCCUCUCAAAUGUGACAAUCCUGGUACUGAUAGUUACUCAGAGAAGUCUCCACAGACCGAUGUUUUACAUCCUCUUCAGCCUGCCACUGAACGACCUUAUUGGAAUUACUGCAAUGUUUCCUCGUGUGCUUGUGGACAUUGUGGUAAAGAAAAACACUGUAUAUUACCCUCUCUGUGUCUUUCAGGGGUUUUUGCUCCACAUGUUUGGUGGUGGCACCCUAUUUGUAUUGGCAGCAAUGGCAUUUGAUAGAUAUAUUGCUAUAUGCAAGCCACUGAGAUACCACGCCAUCAUGACACCUCUAACUGUUGCUGGGAUAUUGUCGUUGGCAUGGGGAUUAGACUUGGCCUUGGUUUUGGUUCUGUUUAUCCUGCAGGCUAGAGUGCGAAGGUGUAGAAGUUUGAUAAUGAAUGUAUACUGUAGCAAUUUCUCUUUGCUAAACCUGUCCUGUGGAGAGGACAUUACAGUCAAUAAUGUUUAUGGAUUAGCAAUAACGGCAUUAAUGCAUAUCAUCACUAUAACAGUACAGCUCUUCUCAUAUAUCCACAUCUUAUUGACAUGUGUCUUUAACAAACAAGCAGAUGCCAAAACAAAAGCUGUGAACACCUGGGGGGUUGAUGGAAUACCCCCCUGCUUAGCACAGAUAAUAGUGUUUCUGAUUUUUGAGUUUGUUAGUUUGUUCACAAUACUGUCCUACCGGUUUCCAAAUAUAUCCUCAAAUGCCAGAAUGGUCUGUGGGAUGAUGAUUUUUCUGCUUCUGCCUGUUUUAAAUCCUAUUAUUUAUGGAGUGAAAACUAAAGAUAUUAGAAUAUCAUUCUUUCAGGUAGUUAAGAAAAGAAGGCUUUGUUAG